AUGAGAAAACAAGAUUCAAUGAAUUAUCAUUCUAUGCAUAUGAAUGCAGUAGCAGUAGCCAGCAGCAUUGAAUUUUGGAUGGAGAAAAGCUGCACAGACUUUCGGAAACAUAAAUUUGAAGCUUCUCGUGCGGAGAUUUAUGGCAAAUGCCAAAUGCAGAGUAUGGAAAAUUAUAAUACAAGAUUUUACAGUUCAUAA